GUGAUUUACUAGCUUGUCAAAAAGAAAUCUUUAAAUUGCGACGAUUGCCAGAUAUGAAUUGUGUAGAAUCUCAAGCUUGCCUGUAAAUAACUUCGCGCGCUAAAUCAAAAAGUCUGUGAAUCUAUUCGAUCGAUGAUUUUCGUGGAAAAUGGCAUUUUCGCAGUCGCAUCAGCAAGAUCUGAUUGAAUUGGCCGAAAUAACAGGAAUCUCCACGGUACCUGGAGUUUUUCGAAUUGUAUUGGAAUUAUUAGCGUUACAAGUAUCUCCAGAGGAUAUUUAUACUCUUCUUAAACAAAUAUCUACGAAAUCGCUGAAAUCGUUGAACCGACAAACAACAAACGAGGAUGCGGAAGCUUCUGUUUCAACUACUAAACAAUAAUUUUGUAUAU